UGCAGCCGAGCAAGAGGGAGCCAUGGGUUUUGUUCUUUUCUUCUCUUUGCAAACAUGGAUACUGCUGAUCACAUUUAUCUGCAUAUUUGUUAUGUACGGCCACUGGACCUUUGGUAUAUUUGAGAAGAUGGGGAUCCCGGGUCCAAAGCCAGUCAUGUACUGGGGAACAAUAGCCAGGCACAACCGUGUUCACUACUUAGAUGACUACGAAUGUGCUCAAAAGUAUGGGAGGAUAUGGGGUGUGUAUGAGUUCAGGAAACCCAUGCUGGCUGUGAUGGAUCCUGACAUGCUGAAAACCAUCCUGGUGAAGGAGUGCUUCAACUACUUUACCAACCGCAGGAACUUUCGUCUGAACGGAGAUCUCUAUGACGCAGUGUCUCUGGCUGAGGAUGAUCAGUGGAGACGGAUUCGUAACAUCCUCUCUCCCUCCUUCACCUCUGGCCAUCUAAAAGAAAUGUUUAGCAUCAUGAAGCAUCAUUCGCACAAACUGACAGACAGCCUGCAGUCCAAGGCGCACAAUGAUGAGGUCAUUAUUGUGAAAGACUUCUUUGGAUCCUACAGCAUUGACGUGAUGGCAAGCUGCAUAUUCAGUGUGGAUUUUGACUCAAUCAAGAACCCUUCAAAUCCCUUCAUCACCCACGCAAACCAGAUGUUUAAAUUUUCCAUUCUUCUUUAUAUUUUUCAAGCAUGCUUUCCAAUUUUUCUUCCUCUCCUGGAGUGCCUGGGUGUCUCCUUGUUCCCCAAGUCUUCUACCGCUUUCUUAAAGUCAGUUGCGGAGAAGGUCAAAGCCGAACGCAUCAGCUCGUCCAAGGCUUCAGAUGAUAUGCUUCAGCAUUUGAUCAAGUGUCAGACAGCCAGUGAAAAUGACAAAGAAAAGAAGCAUAAGGGUCUUACUGAACACGAGAUAAUUUCCCAAGUGACCAUGUUUGUGUUUGCUGGCUACGAGACGAGUGCCAUCGCUCUUGUUUUUUUAGCGUACAGUUUGGCACGAAAUCCUGAAAUCAUGAAACGCCUUCAAAGUGAAAUAGACUCCACUUUCCCAAACAAGGGUCCAGUUGAGUACGAAGCUCUGAUGCAGAUGGAGUACCUGGACAGUGUGGUCAGUGAGUGUCUGAGGCUGUACCCCUCAAUUCCACGUCUGGAACGAGUGGCUAAGGAAACUAUAAAAAUCAGUGAAAUCACAAUCCCAAAGGGCAUGCUUGUUAUGGUUCCAGUCUACGCUCUGCACCGUGACCCGGAGCUGUGGCCAGAGCCAGAGGAGUUCAAACCUGACAGAUUUAGUAAAGAAAACAAGCAGAACAUCAACCCGUAUACUUACCUUCCAUUUGGGGCUGGGCCAAGGAGCUGCAUGGGGACGCGAUUUGCUCUGAUGAUGGUUAAACUGGCCAUGGUGGAAGUUUUGCAGAACUUCAGCUUCUCAGUCUGCAAAGAAACAGAGAUCCCCUUAGAGAUGGAUGUUGCAGGCUUUGUCUCUCCGGUUCGACCAAUCAAACUAAAGCUGAAGAUGCGUUCCAUCAGCUCAGCAAAUGUGGAUCCAUGUAACUAGAAAGCGCAAGAAAAACUCUGGGUAUGAAAAUACCAAUUUAAUAUAUUUUAUUAAUGAUCAUCUACUCAUUUCUUGUCAGUUGGUUAGCAUUUAAAAAAGCAGUGAAUAAUCACUAAUCACUGACAUGUCACAUCAUUAAGAAGUAAUGACACAGAGUGCCUCACUAACAUACAGAAAAAGGUGGAAGAUUUACAUAAAUAUUUGGAAAGAGACAACUUUUUAAAAUAAUUUUGUUUCUGUACAUUACCAUGAUACAUUUUAAACGAAACAACUGAGAUGCAGUUGAAGGGCAGACUUUCACCUUUAAUUCAGUGGGUUGAACAAAAAGAUUGUGUAAAAGUGUGAGGAACUAAAGUAUACUUUAACACAAUCCAAUCAUGUCAGGAGCUCAAAAGUAAUUGGACUAAUUAAAUAAGUGAAAAUACAAUG